AUGACAGACCCACCAAAGCGCGUGCUCUACGUCGGCAACCUCGACGCGCGCGUUGACGAGCAGAUGCUCACCGAGCUGUUUGCUCCCGCCGGCGCGAUCGAGUCGGUGAAAAUCAUCCCUGCGGCAGUGCACAAGCAGGGCCCUGGUCUGACCAGCUACGGCUUCGUCGAGUUUGUCGAGCACGAAGCCGCCCUCAACGCGAUCCAGACCUACAACGACCGGCUCGUGAUGCAGGCCGAGAUCAAGGUCAACUGGGCGGCCAAGAACAAGACCCACAUCUUUGUGGGCGAUCUCAGCAGCGACGUCAACGACGAGGUUCUCGCGCAGGCCUUCUCGAUCUUCCCGUCCAUGACCGAGGCCCGCGUGAUGUGGGAUCCCAAGACCGGCCGCAGCAGAGGCUACGGGUUCGUGUCCUUUGCUGAUGCGGCCGAGGCCGAGAACGCGCGCCAGAAGAUGGACGGCGAGUGGCUCGGCUCGCGCAACAUUCGCUGCAACCGCGCCUCGCAGCGCAACUCGCACUCGCAGCAGAUGGGCGGCAACAGCUCGAUGGGAGGCCAGGGCGGCCCCGGUAAUGGAAACGGCUCAGCGACCGACUAUGAGUCUGUGGUGCAGCAGGCGCCGGCCUGGCAGACGACCGUCUACGUCGGCAACCUGUCGCCGUACACGACGCAGAACGAGAUCGUGCCGCUGUUUCAAUCGUUUGGGUAUGUGGUCGAUGUCCGGAUACAACCCGAGCGAGGCUAUGCGUUUGUGCGGAUGGACUCGCACCAGGUGGCAGCUCUUGCUAUCGCGCAGAUCAACGGGGUGAUGAUCAACGGGCGUCCGGCCAAAUGUGGCUGGGGCCGGGACCAGAAUUCGGGAAACAUGGCGAUGGGAAUGCAGGGAAACGCGAUGGGCCACGGUCCGGUUGGCCAGCGCCAGAACCAUCAUCAGGGACAUCAGCACCAGCAGCAGCAAGUUCAGCAGGCGCUUGGGUUUGAGGGGUAUUCGAAUCAAAAUUACCGGAUGCCAUAUGGCGGAGGGGGAUAUGGAAACCAGUUCCAGGGAGGGUUCAGGGGACGCGACCGGGGAUACGAUUAUCAGAGGAAUAUGUAG